AUUUACGUUGAGAAGAAGAAAAGUAGUAGCAGAACAUAUUUGCUUUAUUUUCAGAAUCAUCAUCAAAACUCGAUUCCCAUCUUCAUGAGAGCUCAACAAGGUUCUAGCAGCACACCAUGGACCUUCUCUUGAAACCCCUUGUCCUUAUCAUCUUCUUGGUAGUCUGGUCCAAUACUUUCCAUUCAUAUCAGGGCCAACAAUUACAAGAAGAAGAUGAUGAUAAAUUCGCAGCCUGCAGUGUUCCGUACGAGUGCAGCGGCCACAUAAAAGAGCUUUAUUUCCCGUUCUGGGGAGCCAACCGACCCAGCUACUGUGGCUACCCGGACUUCAAAGUUUCCUGUGACCCCCAAAACCGCUCUGUUUUCAAACUCAAUGAUAUCGAGUACAUCAUAUACAAUAUCAGUCACAUGGCAGUAACAGCGGCGAGAUUGGAUCUGUUGGAGGGUCCUUGUUCUGGGAAAGUUAACUUUGCGAACGGCAGUUGGACUUUCCAAUUAUACGAUGUUCCCAUUUAUUUCCCUCCAGAGAUAGAAAAUGUCACUUUGUUCUAUGGUUGCCAAAAUUCAGAUAAUUUGGAAUGGUUCGGGGAGAACAAGUUUUCGUGCCCCGAUCAAAUUAGCGGGAGUAAAACUGUUUAUUAUGCGAACGAUUCUUUGCUGGAAACUGUGAAGCCCGAACCCGGGGCGUCGGAGUGGGAGUCGUGUAAAAUCUCUGGAGUUCUCGUGUACAAGGACGCUCUUAAUGAAAGCCCGGCAAGCCUUGCCGGAGAUGCAGGGCAGAGAUUUGGUGAUGCUUGGAAGAAAGGCUUUGAAGUAGUUUUUCCUGAACCCACCUUAUGUAAAGGAUGCAUGGAUUCUGACGGCAGAUGUGGCUUCGACAAAAAUGAUAGUCAGAAUUUUAGGUGCUUUUGUCCAAGGGGCUAUAAACAACAAGCAUCGUAUUGUGAAAGUCCUGCAAGAACUGACCGUAAGGCUAAGGUGGAGAGAGCAAUUAAAAUGAUAGCUAUCCUACUCGUUGUUGGAUUAGCUGGUGUGUUGAUUUUAAUUGGCUUUUACAUUCACAGGAGGAGAUACAUUAAUGACAGAAAUGUAAUUAUUAGUACUACCACUAAUAAUUUUUUCAAGAGAAACGAAAGCGAAGAUGAAGACUUGGAGCUUCCAUUGUUCGAUCUACAUACUAUUAACACUGCCACUAAUAAUUUUUCUGAAAGCAACAAGCUUGGAGAGGGUGGUUUUGGACCUGUAUACAAAGGUGUGCUGGAAGGAGGACAAGAAAUUGCUGUGAAGAGGCUAUCAAUGUGGUCUAGACAAGGAAUUAGUGAAAUCAAAAAUGAAAUUAAACUAAUUGCUAAGCUUCAACAUCGGAAUUUGAUAAAAGUAAGUGGUUAUUGCAUUCAUAGUGAAGAGAAGCUAUUGAUUUAUGAGUACAUGCCCAACAAAAGCCUUGACUAUUUCAUAUUUGAUGAAAGGCAAAGCAUGUUGUUGGAAUGGCAUAAGCAUUUCCAAAUUGUAAAUGGAAUUGCUAAAGGGAUUCUCUAUCUACAUCACGAUUCUAGGUUGAGAAUUAUACAUCGAGAUCUGAAAGCUAGUAAUGUGUUACUUGAUAAAGAGAUGAAUCCUAAAAUUUCAGAUUUUGGCUUAGCUAAAAGUUUUGGUGGAGAUCAAAUGGAAGGAAACACAAACAAAGUAGUAGGAACUUAUGGUUAUAUGGCGCCAGAAUAUGCUUUCAAUGGCUUAUUCUCAAUAAAAUCUGAUGUAUUUAGCUUUGGCGUAUUGAUGCUAGAGAUAGUAAGUGGAAAGAAAAGCAAAAGCUUCGACGAUGAAAAUAGCGGUCUUAAUCUUAUUGGAUUGGCAUGGACUUUGAUGAAUGAAGGCAAUGCAUUUAAGCUUAUUGACAAGUGCUUGUUAAGAGAUCCACACAACAACAUGGAAGAAGCAUUGCACUGCAUCCACAUUGGUCUCUUAUGUGUGCAACAAAAGCCUACUGAUAGGCCUGAUAUGUCUUAUGUUAUUCUAAUGUUGAGUGGUGAGAGAGUGUUGCCUUAGCCCAAGCUACCGGGCUAUUUUAUUAACGCAGAUUUGGGGGAAAGAGAUCAGUUCUUCUCUGUUAAGCCCUCAUCAUGUAAUACAAGCAUAACAACUGUCGAGGCACGAUGAGAAUUCAUACAACAAAUUAGAGUUUGCCAUGUAAUUUUUGAGACCUUUUAAUUAUUACAAUUUUUUAUUAUUUGGUUCAUAGUUGUAAUGAUCAUUGGUAUUAUUAGUCUAUGUAGUAUAUGAAUCUAAGCCAGAAUUUUUUAGGUAGUUCUUGAAUUCCUAGAAUAUGUUCUUGGACAUUUUUUGGAUUGAGAAAUUUAUUAUAAGCCAUUUGCCUAGUGGUGAGGCAACAUAGCAUAAGAAACUUAUACAUCUUGUUUAAUAUCAAUCUGUCUCAUUUUGAAGUUGAAAUAACACCCUUUUAUCAGGAACA